UUGGCAUUUCUCUCUGCGGUUUCGUUGCGUGAGAAAAAAUUUUUGUAAAUGAAUAAACGUGGAUUCCUGUGAAGAUCUUUUGUUGCGAAAAAAUUCCUUAUUUUUAAAGUAUUAUAACACUCAAUUCCACUAAAAUCAAUAGUGGAUUCUAAUUAAGUUUUCAGGAUAAAAAAAAUCGUUAAUAUCGAAUUAUGUCGAAACGUUCUCAGCCAGCUUGGCAAAAGCCCGAAUCGCAAGAACGAUCAAAAUUAAAACUCUUCAAUAGUUUAACAAGACAAAAAGAAGAAUUCAUUCCAUUGGAUGGUAAUAAUGUGCGUUGGUAUAGUUGCGGGCCAACUGUAUACGAUGCAUCUCACAUGGGACAUGCCAGGUCUUACAUAUCUUUCGAUAUUCUUCGACGUGUUCUAUCUGAUUAUUUUGGCUAUAAUAUUCAAUAUGUCAUGAACAUUACCGACAUCGAUGACAAAAUUAUAAAACGUGCAAGACAAAAUUAUCUCUACGAAAAAUACAAGAAGAAUGUUACUGACUUGACAGUACUCUUAAAAGAUCAACAAGAAGUCAUGGAAGAUUUUAAGAAAACCUGCGAUAAAAACACCGACCCUGACAAGAAAAUAAUGCUUGACAAGACACUAGCUAAAAUGAAUGCAGCUGUUGAGAAGCUUAAACAAGCUGUAGCUAGCGGUGUUGUAGAAAAGAUUGAAGAGGCAAAGUUGAAUUAUUUGACUGAAGCUAAAGAUCCAAUUGCCGAAUGGAUGGAUAAAAAGGAGGGUGAUCAGGUGACGGAGAAUUCAAUAUUCGAGGCAUUGCCUAGUUAUUGGGAAGAUGAAUUCCAUAAUGAUAUGAAAGCAUUGAAUAUCCUUCCACCAGAUGUGCUUACCCGAGUUAGCGAAUAUGUUCCUCAAAUUGUAGAAUUCAUUCAACGUAUCAUUGCUAAUGGCUUAGCUUAUGCAGCAAAUGGUUCAGUUUAUUUCGAUGUCAAUGGAUUUGAUAGGAAAAAUAAUCAUCAUUAUGCGAAAUUAGUUCCUGAAGCAUACGGUGACACAAAAUCACUGCAAGAAGGAGAGGGUGAUUUGUCACUAGCCGAUGAUCGUUUGUCAGAAAAACGUUCUCCAAACGAUUUUGCCUUAUGGAAAGCAAGUAAAGCUGGCGAACCCUUCUGGGACAGUCCUUGGGGAAGUGGACGUCCCGGUUGGCAUAUUGAAUGCUCUGCCAUGGCUUCAGAUAUUUUUGGUCAAACCAUGGAUAUUCACACAGGUGGUGUUGAUCUAAAAUUUCCACAUCAUGAUAAUGAGCUGGCUCAAUCCGAAGCUGCCUACGAUCACCCCGAAUGGGUAAAGUAUUUCCUUCAUACGGGACAUCUUACCAUAGCUGGAUGCAAGAUGUCAAAGUCUUUGAAAAAUUUCAUAACUAUUCAACAAGCUCUGAAAAAACACACAGCAAGUCAGCUGCGAUUGGCAUUCCUUAUGCACUCGUGGAAGGACACUUUGGAUUAUUCAGAGAAUACCAUGGAAAUGGCCGUACAGUAUGAGAAGUUUUUGAAUGAAUUCUUCCUCAAUGUUAAAGACUUAACCCGACAUUUUGCAACCGAAAAGCCUCGUAGACAGUUUGAUGCAUGGCGACCAACUGAGGAAGUCUUACAGACCAAGUACAAUGCUACACAAACAUUGGUUCAUGAAGCCUUGUGUGAUAACAUUGACACUCGAUCAGCACUAGAUGCUUUACGUGAUCUGGUCUCUUCAUCUAACGUUUACAUUCGCGACAAUAAAUGCAGCAAAGUGAAUUCCUUGCUUUUGCGUAAAAUUGCAAUGUACAUCACUGAUUUGCUGAAUAUUUUUGGCGUUAUAGCUGGACCACGUGGUGGAAUUGGAUUUCCACUAUCAAAUUCGGCAAAUGGUAGCGCCAAUGAUGCUGAUUUGGAAAAAGUCGUUAUGUCUUAUCUCACUGCCAUGGCUGAAUUCCGUAAUCAAGUUCGAGAUCAAGCAAAAACCUUAAAGGCUGUUGAUAUAUUAAAACUCUGCGAUGAGUUACGUGAUGAUGUUCUUCCAAAUUUAGGAGUUCGUCUAGAAGAUCGUGAAUGCGGUGAAUUUGCCUUAAAACUUGUUGAUAAAGAUACACUCCUGAAAGAACGAGAAGCGAAGAAAGCUCUUGAAGCCGAAAAAGCCGCUGAAAAAGAAAGAAAAAAGCAAGCAGCUGAGGCAGCAAAUGCAGCGAAGGAAGCACAAAAGAAGAUUGAUCCCAAAAAGAUGUUCUUAAGCGAAACAGACAAGUAUUCAGCAUUUGAUGACAAGGGUUUGCCAACACAUGACAAAGACGGAAAAGAAAUAAGCAAAGGACAAACUAAAAAAUUGCAAAAACUUCAACAGCAACAAGAAGCACGGUAUAAGGAAUAUAUGGAAAGUGUCAAUGGAGCUUAAUAUGGAUGUCGAGUUUUCAUAGAUUUAAAAUUGUUAUUUUCUUUUUCGUCAAUCGUUUCGCAUGCAUUCGUGUUAAAUAAUUUAUUUAAUGCAUAAUUAGAGUCAUAUUUAAGUUUUGUUUUCUUUUUUUUUUUUUGUAACGGCUUUUUUUAUUUAUAAAUCAAAAAAUAC